AUGGCUCAACCAACAAAAGCAAACACGAUAUUAUUCAGGUUGUCCAAUUUAGGAGAACCUAUAAAUAAUGAAAAAGUCGACCAUGGUGUUUUAAGUCUCCCGGCUAAUGACUACACGGAGGGUUAUAAGGAAGGAGAUGCGAUAUUCAACUUACACUUUCAAUUGAAUGCUGCUAGCAAAGUAUCUAGGAAAGGUGUAUUUCACAUUAAUGUCCCAAAACGCUAUGAAGACGAGUUUGAUAGGUACAAGUAUAACAGCUAUCCAAUUGAGUCCUCGUUUCAUCAAGACAUUGUGAUCAAGGUACAGAUUCAUAGACCAGGCGCUUACAAUUAUUACUUUACCUACGAGGAUGAUGAUGAAGAUGAGGAUGAAAAGUUGAAGAAAACGGAAAAGUUUUAUUUUGACGUACCCCCUCGUUUAACGAUCAAUGGCAAGUUUAUGCCCUUCAACAAUAUAAAUGUUCAAUCGAUAGUUUCCAAGUGGAUAGGUCCAUAUGAAAAAUGGUCACAAUUUUUCCACAAUGUUAAGGAAAAGGGCUACAAUGUGAUUCACUUUACGCCUCUUCAGGAAAGGGGAGAGUCCGAUUCUCCUUAUUCUAUCUAUGAUCAAUUGAAAUGGGAUCCCAAAAUUUUCAAGGAUCAAAAGAUCGCCACGAAGCAAAUACAUAAGGUGUUGAAUGACAAUGAAUUGUUGAGUGUAACCGAUGUCGUGUGGAAUCAUACGGCAAACAACUCCGAGUGGCUAAAGGACUCACCGGAAUCUGGUUACAAUCAAGAUACCGCACCUCAUUUGACCGCUGCAAUUGAGUUGGAUGGUAAAUUGCUAGAGUUUAGCGAUAAAUUGGAAGAAUUCAAUUUGCCAACUUCAAUCAACAAUGAUCUGGACCUUGCAAAAGUGAUGAACGGGAUCAAAGUGCAUGUUCUUGAGGAAUUGAAGUUGUGGCAAUAUUAUGUGUUUGAUAAAUCUGCCGCAAUAGAUGGCUUAAUCAAAACGCUUAAUAGAAAUAGAGAUUCCAUUGAAAAGGCUGAAAUUCCUCCUCAAGUUGAUAUCAAUGAUUUAAAUCAACUAGCAAAUUUCGUAUUGAACUUUAGUAAUCAAGGGAAAAAGCCAAUCAUGGGUCGUAGAUUUGAAAAUGAAUUAGACCUAUCCAAGUUCUUGUCUGUUUUGUUUGCUGUUUUCGGUGACAUUCAUGUAGAUGAGGAAUCUAUCAAGCAAAAAGCGGAGAAGAUCAUUGACAAAAUCAAUGUGCCCUUGUAUACAGCCUACAAUGAUGACAUUAAAACAAUUGAACAGCAACUUGGCGAUAGGAUUAGGUACUUACGGUUGGAUAACAAUGGACCGAAAUUAGGUAAAGUUACUACAAAAACACCAUUAACAGAAGCAUAUUUUACAAGAUUUGUUGAUUCCAAGGGUAAAAAACAAGCCCUUGCCAACAAUGGAUGGAUUUGGGGUGGUAAUCCAUUGGUAGAUUUCGCCUCGGAUCAAUCAAAAGCAUACUUGAGACGAGAAGUGAUUGUUUGGUCUGAUUGUGUGAAAUUGAGAUAUGGAGCAAAGUAUGAGGAUUCCGCUAAGCUUUGGGAUAGAAUGAUUGAAUAUACAAGGGAGCUGGCUAAAGUUUUCAAUGGAUUUAGAAUCGAUAACUGCCAUAGUACUCCCUUGCAUGUAGCAGAGAGGCUUUUGGACGAGGCUAGAAAGGUGAAUCCUAACUUGUAUGUUAUGGCUGAACUUUUCUCCGGGUCAGAACAAAUGGACAAGAUUUUUGUCGAACGAUUGGCCAUAAAUUCGUUGAUAAGGGAAGCUAUGCAAGCAUGGAGUGUGCGUGAAUUAUCAACAUUGGUUCAUAAACACGGCGGAAGACCAAUUGGCUCUUUAACUUGGUUGCCGUUGAGUGGGUUCUCUUAUCCUGCUGAAAACGAACCAGCAGAAAAGUACAAAGCUCUUGAUGGAUACACAGAAUUGGAGAUUCCAAGAGUUUUGACAAGCACGGCUCCGCAUGCGAUUUUUAUGGACUGUACUCACGACAACGAAAUGCCUGCUCAGAAGAGAACAGUGGAAGAUACUUUGCCAAACGCAGCAUUGGCUGCAUUUUGUUCUUCUGCAAUUGGGUCGGUUUACGGUUACGAUGAAUGCUAUCCUCGACUUCUUGACGUGGUAAGCGAAAAAAGACAAUAUAGUGCAAAUGACACCAAUGGAAUUGGUAAAGUUAAGGCCAAAAUCUACAAAAUCAGACAAGAAUUGGUUGAGGAAAGUGAGGAUAUUGGUCGUGAUCACGAAAUGUACAUUCAUCACGAGGGCCAAUAUAUCACAAUCCAAAGAUAUAAUGCACGGACAGGCAAAGGUUGGUUUUUGAUUGCAAGAACUAAGUUUACUGAUCACGAAGGAUACCAAAUAUUGUCGCCAUCUAUACUCGGUGGCUGCAAAGUUAAGCAUGAGUUUAGUUACAUUUUGAAAAAAACUGGAGAAUACAAAGAAAAUGAUGAGUUUUUGACUGGUAUACCAGUAGAAGUUGAAAACAUUGAGGAGCCUCUGGUUGAAUACAAUAACAAUGGUGACAGUAUCAUCAAAGUUAAUUCUUCCUUUUUGCCUGGUUCCAUAUCCGUGUUUUCUACUGAGAUACCCGGGGUCAAUAAACAGCUUGACGAGUAUGUUAAAAGAGGAGCAAUCGAGGCAUCUAAAGAACUCGACUUGUAUGAUUUGAAUAAUUUGCUUUACAGGUGUUCGCCUGAAGAAUUAGACGCUAGCUCAGGCAAAGAAGAUGUUUAUGAUAUUCCGGGAUAUGGGCGCUUGGUCUAUGCUGGGCUUGAAGGUUGGCAGGGUGCCUUGAAAAGUAUCAUUUGGUCUAACGAUCUUGGUAGCCCAAUUUGUGAUCACUUGAGAAGUGGAGACUGGGCACUUCACUAUGUGGUUGAUAGAUUAGACAAGUAUGCUGUCAAAUCCAAGGGUUUGGAGAAAUUUCAAGCCUGGUUACGUGAUCGAUUUAAUGCUGUUGAGAAGGUGCCUUACUAUUUGAGGCCACAUUAUUUUGCGUUGAUUGUUGGAAUUGCUUACGAGGCAGCACGGUUUAGAGCCUUGAGAUUACUCAGCAAGCCAAUUCAGAAGGGUACCAAUUUUGUUCAAAGUUUAGCAUUGACGAGUGUGCAAAUGGUUGGCUUUAUGAACAACACUUCAUUAUUACCUGAUAGAUCUGUUCCUUGUCUUGCAGCAGGAUUGCCGCAUUUUAGCAACGAUUAUAUGAGAUGUUGGGGAAGGGAUGUUUUCAUUUCAUUUAGAGGGCUCUUGAUUGUAACAGAGAGACACGAUGAUGCUAAGCAACAUAUUCUUGCUUUUGCAAAGACUUUAAAACAUGGUCUUAUUCCCAACCUCUUGGAUGCUGGUCGAAAUCCUAGAUAUAAUGCAAGAGAUGCAGUUUGGUUUUUCUUACAAGCAGUCCAAGAGUACGUUAAUAAUGUGCCAAAUGGUAUUGCUAUUUUGGACGAGAAGGUAUCCAGACGUUUUCCUUUAGAUGAUAAAUACAUUCCUUAUGAUGAUGUAGAAGCAUUCAGCUAUGAAUCUUCAAUUAGAGAGAUUAUUUAUGAGGUUUUCAAACGUCACGCAAAAGGUAUCAAGUACAGAGAAGCCAAUGCCGGACCAAACCUCGACUCGCAAAUGAAACCUGAAGGUUUCAACGUUGAAGUUGGAAUUGAUUGGGACACUGGUUUUGUCCAUGGAGGCCAACAGCUCAAUUGUGGAACUUGGAUGGAUAAGAUGGGAGAAAGUGAGAAGGCCCAUAAUAGGGGAAUUCCCGGUACCCCAAGAGACGGAGCAGCUGUUGAACUACAAGGAUUGUUGAAGAGCGCUUUGAGAUGGGUCAAUGCAUUAAACAAACAAGGUAAAUUUGACUAUGAUAAAGUUGAAAAACCCAAUGGAGAAAAGAUAACUUUGAAAGAAUGGGAAGCCUUAAUACAAGAGAAUUUUGAAAAGAAAUUUUAUGUACCAGAAACCGCGGAAGAGGAUGGGGACUAUGAUAUUGAAGAGUCAUUGGUGAACAGAAGAGGGAUUUACAAGGACUUGUACAAAUCGGGAAAACCUUAUGAGGAUUACCAAUUGAGACCGAAUUUCCCAAUAGCAAUGUGUGUGGCGCCUGAGCUCUUUAACAAGAAGCAUGGGCUCGUAGCAAUUAGAAACGCCGAUCAAAUCAUUCGUGGUCCCGUUGGUAUGAGAACCUUGGAUCCUCUGGAUUACAACUACCGUCCAUACUACAACAACUCGGUCGACAAUGAUGAUUUUGCUACUUCCAAAGGAAGAAAUUACCAUCAGGGUCCCGAAUGGGUUUGGUGCUUUGGCUACUUCUUGAGAGCAUUUUUGUAUUUCAAUUUCUCAGCAAAUGAAACGUUUAGCAAGGCAGAAAACAACAAACCUUCCAAUGAAUUGUUGACAUUGUUAACUGAGAGGAUCCAGGGUCAUAUCAAAUGGAUCAAAGAUAGUCCUUGGGCCGGAUUGACUGAGUUGACUAACAAAGAUGGUGAGUUUUGCCGUGACUCAAGCCCCACACAAGCAUGGAGCAGUUCAUGUUUACUUGACUUGUACUAUGAUUUGUGGAAUGACGAACGUUUUCAAAGUUAA